AUGGCCGCCGAAUACAAGACUGAUCUCAACUAUGCCACCCCGUACAUCUAUGCUUCAUGGGCAUUGACCGCGAUUGCAGGAUUGGCAUUGUUAUUCCGUUUUGCCAUCAAGUCCUGGAUCCGAAGGGCUUUGCCCCGUGUCAGCUCCCCGGACCGACUCUGGGAGUGGGAAGAUCUGUUCUACGCCGCGGGUUAUAGUUUCGACAUUGCGCAUAUUGUGCUUGUGCAAAGAAGGUUUGACUCUGGCCCAAGCGACCGUAAAGCCCGAUUCCUCUGA